UCCUUCACGGGGAAACUUUGCUCAGAGAGCUGGGCGGCGAGGGGCUGUCCUCUAGGGAGGGAACCACCUGAGGGGAUGAUAGAGGAAACCUAUUGCCUGCUGCAGGGGGAGCGCUCCUCAGGCAGCAGAAACAUCAGCGUUGUGUCUCGUGGUGCUUCUCCACAGCGUGGACAUCUGCAUCAUUUGUAAAUAAUCUCCUGGAUUCCAGAUCGUGGUAUUAAAUCAGCGAUCCUUCUUUAUCUCUGCCACGCAUGCAGGACAAACAGCAACGCGAUCUGUGAUAGAGUUAUUAAUUUGGAUUUUGUAUAAUUUGGAAAUCAUUAAAAGAUCAUUUAUUAAUACUUGAAUAUUUCUUUAACCUUCAGACUGUAUCUGCAAGAGUAGAACUUACUUUUCUGAACAUGGAAAACACAUAUUCUCCAUCAUUUGUAUCUGUACCGUCAGAUGACAAUGAAUUCUACCUUUAUCCAAAGUGUGUUAAAAUAGAAAGUCAUCUGAAAAGCAUGAAGAAAGAGGAGCAGCAAAAGUUGGAACAAAGUAUACACUGUGGGAACAUCCAUCAAACACCACCAAAUGAACCUAUAUAUUUAUCAGAAAUAAAAAGCAGCUGGGUAUUAGAAAGUGAAAGAUGUGACAGAGACAAAAAACCUUGCAUAAGAGAAUCCUUCCAUUCUCAAGCUUUUAAUAGUGAAAGAUCACUAUGUAGAGUACUAGAAAAAAAACUGCCCAUCAAAAAUUGGAAACCUGAAAAUGAAAGUCAAAAUUCUAUAGAAGAUGACAUUUCAUUAAAUACAUAUAGACAGCAUGGUGAAACAGAAUUGCACAAUCUGUGGAAUUCUGCUAGCACAGGUAAAAACCUACAUGUACUAAAUCCCAUCCUACUGCAUCAGAACAACAUGGAACAGAAUGAAAUAGAAGCUGACAAUGAACUUAAACAAAAGUCUUCCGAUACACCUGCAAACAGGAACUUGUUUCAGAGGUGGAGGCAAUAUCAGCUUCCACAAGUUCCAUUUUCAUGUGGUACUUGUUCUAUGCAUUCUUGUGUAGAAAAUGAGAAAAAUGUUUUUCUGGAAAAAGUAUGCAGUACAGAAAGCAAAGAUUAUGACCGUAAUGAUCGUGCAACUACUACAGAAGGAGAUAAUAAUAAUUCAUCAUCUAUCGUUCCAACACCAAAACCUUUUAAAAGCAUACAACCAUUGGAAAUUCCUAAGUUCUUGAUGAAAGAGAACACGUCUCAAUUUUCUAUCAUCUCAAAUAGAAUAAAUAGAGAAGGGCCAUCAGCUAACUUGAAGGAGAUUGUUGGGAAGAUGCUAGAAGGCCAACCAACUUUGAUGCAAUCUAAACAGAUACAAGGUAUGCAAAAAAUGUCUGAGGUAGGGAACCAGAAAUUGCGGAGUGAUAAAAACAUUGUGAAAGCUUCAUCUGUUUGUUCUGAAUUUGAAGAAAAGAAUUAUCAAUCAACUAACAAACAAAAGCACAGUGCUGUGGGAGAAAGAGAAAAACUGCCUGUAACUUACAUCAGGGACAGCAGCACUGAUCCAGAAUGUAAUCAAAUAUUUGCUGAAAGUGAUUUUAAAGUGCUGGAGAAUUCAGAUGAUGAUGAUGGUCAGAAGUCAAGGGUUCACAUUUGCAUUAGUGCUAAAAAAGUUCAGAGCAAGAAAAUUAUCACUGUUAUGGAUAUUUUGAGGAGAAUGAGGAGGAAGAGCAGCCAUGAGAACAUGACAACAUUUCAUACACAGACAAGCAGUUCAGUGAUUACAGAAGCAUUAGAGAAAAAUAAGUUAGACCUACACUAUGGUCUGCAUGAUUCCAACAGUGAUAUUAGUUUGCAAGAAGCAGAAUCAAAACUAUUUACAAAUGAAAUACCUGAUAUCAAAAGAUACUUAACUGAAAACACUAUAUUUGAAAGCAGUUGUACUCCCGUUGUUGCACACAAUUUUCCAGAUAUAAAAGUGAGUUUUGGUGUAAUGAGGGAAAAGAAAACAUUCAAAAUAAAGUUUUCAUUUCAAAACUUUUUAUUUGGAGCGCUCAGGACACAGACCAAAUUGUUAGCUGAAGUUAUGCUUAUGUGUCAGGCUGAAGAUAUUAGGCACUGGUUUGAUAUUUGUGUAGCAUUAAAUGAGCAAUGUUGCACUCGAGGGUUAGUAAAGAGCAAUAUUGGUGCAAGCCACAGGAAUAAAGCACGCAUUUAUUUGCUGGCUAUUAUUUUAAAGCAUCUGAAGGUGAAACUACAUAAGAAAAUUCUUACUUUCAUUUUCAGUAGGAAGAAUGCAUUAUUAAUAAGUGAAGAGAAAUUGGUGAGAGUGGAGAAACGUGCUUCGUAUGGCAGAAAGCAAAUGCAGUUAAAUUCAUGCACAGAGAGUAAUCGGAGGCAAAACACAGAUUAUUAUAAAAAAUACGAAAUUUAUCUGGGCACCACAAGUUCUAAAUUUGUGGAUAGCAUUAAUUUUGACUUGCAUAAUGAACUCCAGAAAAUAUAUUUUUCUAGAUCUUCAGGUAAUGAAAAUUCCACUUCCCUAACCAGAAGUAUCUUUCAUAACCAAAGCAGUGGAUCAUCUAAGGGAAGAUUUGUCGGAAAGCACCACCUCUUGUCCAGAAGGAGUGAAAGAUUCCACAGCACAUGCUUGGAGUCUGUCAGCCAUAGAAAGGACAUGAAAAAACAAAUGUUGGUUGCUAAAUGCCUGAUUUUGUUGAAGGACAAUUGUGACCGUUCUUCACUAGAGAAGAUGCAUUACUACAAUAUAAAAAAAAUACAGUACCUGACAAGAGUAAAUCUUAGAUUUUUGAGUUACCUUCCUGCCUACUCACAACUGAGGUUUGAAAAGGUAAAUAAUAAAUGUUCAAAUCAGCAAAUACCCAUAACUACCAUAAAAUGGACAAAGAACAAACCAAGGAAAAUGUUCAACAGUUAUUUUCAUAGAGAAAGACUUAGAGCUUUACCCCUUCAUUUAAGAGACAGUAAAGAACACAAAACAAGUAAAUACAGAAAUUGUGUAAAGACGACAAAGGAAAUUAUAUAUAAGAUGAAAAAAUGCUCAGGUAUUUUUAAUUGCAUAAAGACUGACAGGAAGGAGAAUUUCAAAUCCAAAGAGCUGCAAAUAAAUUCUCAUUAUUUUCUUUCAAAAAAAUCGCUUCCUCUUUUUGACACAUACAAAAAAAUUCCCCUUAAUAGUGAUCCUGAAGACUUUGACCAGAUCUCACUUGUAAAUCAAGAUAAUUCUGUCAAAAAACUGUCAACUGUACAAAACACAGUCACUAGUUCAGAAAACAUUCGUAAUUUGUCUGAUAAAAGUAAAGCUGUUUUAAUAUUACCUGAGCUGUCAAAAACAACUAUGGAAAAAUGCAGCUCUCUCUUGUUACAAGACAGCCAAACAAGCAAACCUGAAUGUUGCAAAGCAGUAGAUGCAUAUACCCUACAUUUAGUUAAUGAAAAGGAGUUUGUAGAAUUUCCAAAUACUUACUUAAAUUCUAGAAAUAUAUUCCCUAGUUCCUUAAGUGGUUAUCUGUAUAUCACUUCACUGUUACCUAAAAACUCUUCUGUCAAUAAAGAUGGAGAAGAUGUAGGAGAAGACACACGUCGUAGGAUUUCAUUAAAUGCAAACAAACAAAAACAAAUUGAAAAAAAUUGUGCCACUAUGUCUUAUUUAUGCACAAGAAGUCCUACUGUAACAUACACAUACUUGCAAUUAAAGGCCAGUGAAACAGUGUGUUUUUCUUUACAAGGGCAUACUGAGACAAAUAAGGCAGUCAGCUUAGACCCAGCAACUUUGAAACACCAUCUUGAAUAUGUAAAAGAACAAGAAGAGAUAAGUGAUGAACAAAUGCAUGUAACUAAUGAAAGUCAAUGCGAGACUGUAAUGAAUGACUUGAUUAUGUCACAUUCAGAAGAUGAAGCUAAAACAUUCAUUGCUGGAAAGGAGAAAUUAAAAAUGCAUUUAUCUUUAAUGAACAAUGGAUAUCUUGGAGAUGUAAAAGAUGAAUAUUUACCUUCAGAAAACAAAAUCACAUAUGAAUUUGAACUGAAAAGAAAAUUUGAUUUAGUGCUGGAAGAGCUACAUAUGUUUCAUGAAAUUAGCAAGGAGGAUGAAAACAAUUUAUCUAGUGUGGAAACAAACUCUCACAACAAUUAUAGUGAAUUAAUUAGUUCUGAUGGUAUAGAAGAAAAUAUAGAAAGUGUUUCUGAAAAGAAAACAUAUAUUUCUUCUCCAGUCUGUGAUAUUAUAAAAGAUGAAAAUAUGACUGUGAGUAAUGGAAGGCUAUUAAAUGAAAAAAUCUCACUUGAAAAUGAAAAUAUGGAAGCAUCUAAGGAGUACUGUAUGUCAAGACUGCCAAGUGAAGAGUUGCUACAUUCACCUAUUGCAGAAGGCUAUCUUUGUUCCAUUUACAAAAAGCCAUACACGUGGGACCCUGCUUUUUUAUCUGGCACACUUCUGAAGGAAGAAAAUUAUAAUUUACAGAAAGAAGGAGGAUACUUAGGAAACUUUCUGUCACAUGAAGUUACAAGAGUACAGCCUCUUAAAACAUGCAAGAGACCCAUCAGAAUUGGUCUGUCAAAAAAAGCCAGGCCCCAAAAACUUCAUCCUUAUUUGAAAUGACUUGCUGGAAUCUCUUACCAGUCCUGAAAUAGAAGUCUGCAUGAAAAUUGUUGAAAUGUUUUUAUGCUAAGUUUGUAUGUUGUGAGUUUGAUCUUUAUGGUUUAUAUAUAUUUUAGGUAUUAAUAUUUGCUAGUAAUUUAUUUAUUUAUGAAUACUCCUGUGAAUAUUUGAUAGCAAAUAAAUUUAUGAUGAAUGUUUUCUAGUAGAAAUGUUAUUGGAAAGAUGAGCCUUUUAAAGUUCAUGCAAUAUUAAUAAAAUUUGAC